AAGGAUGGUAGAAGACUGCAAAAGAGAGUCAGAAGCAGAGAGAGAGAGAGAGAGAAAGAGAGAGAGUCCUGUCUCUAUAUCUGCUGGAAGAGUGGCAAGAGUCUGAGAGAGCUGGCAAAAGGGCGGUAGGCCGGGAGUGCGGUGAUGGGAGGAGUCGACACCACCACCACCUUCGCCCCUUCCUUCCAUCUCCUCAACCCCAAAUCACAUCUCAGCCUCCUCCAUGAUCAAGUUGACGACAACAAGAAGAAGAGGAACCACUCCGAAGACGAUGCUAACGGCGACGACCGCUCCUCCAGCGCCGACGACUUCGUUGAAGCCGGCUCCGGCGGCUGCAGCUCCGGGCGGCGCCCACGUGGCCGGCCGCGCGGGUCCAAGAACAAGCCGAAGCCGCUCGUCAUCGUCACGCGCGAGAGCCCCAACGCGCUCCGCUCCCACGUCUUCGAGGUCGGCAGCGGGGCCGGCAUCAUGGACACGAUCGCCACCUUCGCCCUCCGGCGCCGGCGCGGGGUCGCGAUCCUCAGCGCCAGGGGCGCCGUCACCGACGUGAAGCUCCGACAGCCGGACGCGCCGCCGGGAUCCGUGGUGGCGCUCCCUGGCAGGUUCGAGAUCCUCUCUCUUUCGGGGGCAUUCCUCCCUGCACCAGCGCCGUCGGGCGCCACCAGCCUGUCAGCGUACCUGGCCAGGGGGCAGGGCCGGGUGGUGGGCGGGAGCGUGGUGGGGGAGUUGGUGGCCUCGGGACCGGUGGUGAUAAUAGCAGCCACGUUCGCAAACGUUAUCUACGAGCGGCUGCCUCUCCCUGACGACGAGCAGCCGGUAGGGACAGAGCAAAGUAAAGGAGGCAACGGCGCGAGCGAUGACAGCUUCUCAGCUGCGGAUCCGUCGUCCAUGUCGCUCCCAACCGAUCUGCUGCGCCAUGGCAAGCAAGAUGUGUUCGGCGCAUGGGCUUUGGCAGGGGGCAGGGCCGGGUGGUGGGCGGGAGCGUGGUGGGGGAGUUGGUGGCCUCGGGACCGGUGGUGAUAAUAGCAGCCACGUUCGCAAACGUUAUCUACGAGCGGCUGCCUCUCCCUGACGACGAGCAGCCGGUAGGGACAGAGCAAAGUAAAGGAGGCAACGGCGCGAGCGAUGACAGCUUCUCAGCUGCGGAUCCGUCGUCCAUGUCGCUCCCAACCGAUCUGCUGCGCCAUGGCAAGCAAGAUGUGUUCGGCGCAUGGGCUUUGGCGAGUUCUCGGCCGCCUCUCUCCUAUUGGUAGAACUCUUCGGCCGACACUACGCCGCCCGAGAAGUGGAAUGAGAACUCAGCGCCUGUUUCAUCUCUUCUGCAGGAUCGGAUCUCACGAACUUUGAUGUACACUAUUGCAUGUAAUCGAAUGUUUUCGUUUCA